GCCGUCCGGGGCGCGGAGCGCAAUGAGCGAGGGCGCGGACGGCGGCGGCGGUGGCGGCGAUGGGGCAUCAGCGCGGUCCCCGGGGGGCAGUCCCGGAGGGGAUGGCUUUGCCCCGUCGGCGCUGGGGACCCGAGAGCAUUGGGAUGCUGUGUAUGAGAGAGAACUACAAACUUUCCAAGAAUAUGGAGAUACAGGAGAAAUCUGGUUUGGAGAAGAAAGUAUGACUCGACUAAUAAGGUGGAUGCAAAAACACAAGAUUCCAUUGGAUGCUUCAGUGCUUGAUAUUGGAACUGGAAAUGGUGUUUUCCUGGUUGAACUUGCAAAGUCUGGUUUCUCUAAUAUUACUGGAAUUGAUUACUCUCCCUCUGCAAUACGACUUUCUGGAAGUAUUAUAGAGAAAGAAGGUUUAUCUAACAUUAAGUUGAAGGUCACACAACUAGUGAUUUCAGCUACAUGUCACUUUAUUUCCAAUGACCUGUUUAAGUUCCAGGUAGAAGACUUUUUGAAUCCUUCCACAAAGCUGUCUGGAUUUCACGUUUGUAUUGACAAAGGGACUUUCGAUGCCAUAAGCCUUCAUCCUGACAGUGCGGUUGAGAAGAGGAAGCAGUAUGUGCAGUCUCUCUCUAGGGCGUUGAACGUGAAAGGCUUCUUUCUAAUCACCUCCUGUAAUUGGACCAAGGAAGAGUUGCUGAAUGAAUUCAGUGAAGGAUUUGAGCUGUUCGAAGAGCUGCCGACACCUAAGUUCACCUUUGGAGGCAGAUCUGGGAACAGUGUAGCAGCACUGGUUUUCCAGAAAACGUGAGACUGUUCGUUGGACAAGUGCAGUUUGCCUUUUUAAGAAGCUCCACAUCCAAGUAAACCUGACAUAGAACAUGCAGAUGCAGAUAAAGGGUUAGUAAGUACACAGGAUGCACAUGUUGAAUAGAUACAGUGGGUUGGUAAAAAAAAAAAAAAUCAUGACAUGAGCAUGUCAGUGGUUGGGCUCUAGAGAUCAAGAAUAAUUUAAAAUUUUCUUUUAUAUUUGAGAUGUAAAUUUUUUUCUUUCUGAUUUAAAACAAUUUCCUGUAAAUACUAAACAGUGAACAAACUUUAAAGCAGUAAAUGAAUUUUCAGAAAGCAUGUAUUCUUGAUUUUUACACCUUUGUAAAGUUGAAUUGAAUAUAGCUAUUUAUGAAGAUUUGACCAAACUAUUCCAGGACCAGAAUAAUAAGCCACUAACUUUCUUAAUGUUUUGUUACACUAUUAUUAAAUAUAAUAGUUAUGAUA